GCCUUUUGCCCAAGCCUGCGAGAUUCCUUUCAGACGAGCUCAUAGAGCAGCAAUUUCUCCCCAACUGCCCGUGCCGGUGGAAGGGGUGUGCGUUGGGCGGGCAGGGCCGCGCUGUGCAUGCACUGGGUAGCGAGAAUUACAGUCUGUCCACCACUUCCUGGCGUCAUCCAGUUGUGAUUGAUUCCUGUGACAGGCUCCAGCCCUGUGCAUACUGUAUUUCUUUUCUGACAUUUCUUAGACUCCACAUCUUGUAUCUCUCCGCCAUUACUCUCGUUAGUCACUCGGCCUGCCGUUCUCAAGUCGCGCUCAAGUACACAUUAAAACCUCGUCACCAUACACGAUAAAGCAAGAUUAGAGUAGCUCAGAGAUUGAGAGUGGUAUGUUUUAGUCCAGUAAUUAAAGACACCUCGAUACACAUGGCAACAGCAGCCGGGCCCGUUUUAGACGCAGCAGAUCCCGGGUUCCGUCUCUUCGGUAGAUUAAUCGACAACGGUAGCGCUCCGAACUCGCCUACCUCGUCGCAGCCGUUGAUGUGCGACGCUGUUCGAUCUGGCGAAGCCGCCACCCCCGCCGCCGCUGCCACCGGCGCAGAGAAUAGCGCGGGACGAGGAGCGGAGGAGUGCGCGGAUGGGAAGGGGAGUCACGGGGAGGACGACUCGGAGUCGCAAGACGCGUCCGCGGAGCGGGAGAAACAGGAGCAGCAGGAGCGGGAGGAGCGGGAGGGGCAGCCGCUGCAGGGGGAAGGCGGGGCGGAGUUGAAGCGCCCGACCACCCCGCUGCCUUGUCCCCGCUGCAAGAGCCUCGCUACCAAGUUUGUGUUACUUCAACAACUACAAUCCCAACCAGCCGCGGCACUUUUGCCGAGCGUGCCAGCGCUACUGGACGGCUGGCGGCAACCUGCGAAACGUACCCGUGGGCUCCGGUCGGCGGAAAAGCAAGGUUUCGUUGCACCCGCAGCAGCAACAGGGUAACCAGCAGCCUCAGCCGUCGCCGCAGCCAGGUCAGGCCCCUCAAGAUUCUACCGCCAACAUCUCGCCAGCGACACUGCUCGCCGCAGCGGCAGCGGCGGCGGCGGCAGCGACUGCCAUCCAUUCGCCAGCCGUCGCGGGAACCAAUCCGUUGAUGCCAGUUGUCGCCAAUCCCUUUCUGUCCGCUAUUCCCCGCGCGUCUCACGCUCUCGCCGCGGCUUUACCCGCGGGCUAUGGUCUUCCCCCCGCUGCGCUUUCUCCGCACGCAGCGUCCGCCGCCGCCGCCUUUUCCUCGCUACAUCCCAGCGGCGCAGCGUUCCCCCAGGCGGAGAUCUUGCCGCAAGCGGUCCCCCCAUACCCCGCGGGUCUCUCCGCGGGCCUCUCCCCCGCCAAUGUGGCGGCGGCUGCCGCUGCGCGGACCAUGGCGCUGGCGGCGGGCGCGGGGCAGGUCCCUAGGGGAAUGUUUCCGGGGAUGGGCGGGAUGGGCGGGAUGGGCGGGAUGGGCGGAUUGGGCAUGGGCGUUAUGGGCAUGGGCACGGGCAUGGGGUUGUCCGCAACCGACUACGCGGCGGCUGCGGCGGCUGCAGCAGCAGGGCAGGGUAUGUCUGCCGCUAGUGCCGGGCAGGAGAUGGUGUCGUCUGUCGCAGCAGCCGCCGCGGCAGCCAUGGCGGCUCAAGCUGCCAGCGCUUCUGGCGUGCACCCGUCUCUGCUCCCCUUCUCGCAGUUUCAGCUGCAGCAAUUCAUGCAUCUCCAGCAGCAGCAGCAGAUGCAGCAGCAGCAGCAACUGCAGCAGCUGCAGCAGCUUCAGCAGCAGGCGCAGGCUGGUGCAUGGCCGGUCUCCUCUCUUGGCUCGUCCCUUGCCGCUGCUUCCUUACAGUCCCCCUUCUCGCCCUCCCCGUAUAGUCACCUCGCCCACUGGCCCUACCCCUCGCCCCAAGCACACUGGCCUGGAGUAGCGUCCGCCUCCGCCUCUGCUUUCCCCGACUCAGCCGCAUUCUCUGCUGCCGCCGCCGCUGCUGCAGCCGCGGCUGCAUCUGCGAGCAAUUCAGGUGCAGGUGCUGGCGGUGCUGGCGGUGCUGGCGUUGGUGGUGGCGGUGGUGGUGGUGGUGGUGUGGGCGCAAGGGAUUUCCCUGGUUGGCCCAAUCAAGCAACAAUGGCGGCAGCAAUGGCGGCAGCAUCAGCAGCGGCAGCAGCUGCAGCAGCGUCAGCACCAGCUAUGGAGCACCGGCAGUGGCAGCACAACCCACACCUGUUGCGUUAGGUGCUCCUGGCGCUGCUGGUGCUCCAGCAGCAGCCUCCCUUCCCUUGCCUCCUCCGUUCCCGUCUGUGGCUGCAGCCCCCUCGUUUGCGCAACCAGGCUGUGAAAUGACUCUUGCAACGCCCACAGCAAUGGGAGCAGCAGGAUCAGCACCAGCCGCUGCAACCGGAGCAGGGGCAGGAGCAGGGGCGGGUCCAGGUGCUGCGGAUAGGAUUGAGAGGAAGAGGCCGGCGGCAUGGGUGGCUGGAGUGUCGGGCCAGGCAGCUGUGCUCGCCGGGCCUGGGGGCUUCGGCGGCGCUGCUGCUGAUGGUGGUGCUGCCGCUGCACGGAUACAAGGGGGGUUGGGGAGCAGUAAUGGCUUCCCCUCUGUGGCGCUCCCCUCCUCCGUGCAGUCUGCGACUGGUUCCACCUCCCUGCCUCUCCUGCACCGUGUGCUUGCAGGUGCCAGCCCUGCUGCUACAGGCGGUGCAACAGCCGCUGCUACAGCUGCUGGGCAGUACAUGAGGUUACAGGACGGUGGUAACCAGGUAGUGGACUAUCUAGCGAGGAAUCCUCUUGACCAACAGCAGCAGCAGCAGCAGCAGCAGCAGCAGCAGCUGGGUUCUGAGGGCGAGGAACCUGCUGCCAAGAGGAUGUGUGUCGGGAACGCUGAAGCUGCUGUGGGGGAUGAUGGGAAGGAGAAGAAUGGCCAGGAGGGCGUAUACAAUAGGAAUUUCCUCAAGGCGAACCCUGUAGCCAUGAUGAGAUACAUGGUGUUCCAGGCUAGCGGUUGAACAUGCAAUGCGGUUUUUAGUGUCCAUACUUCCUAAAAUUUACAUGUUUUGUCAAGAGCAGCUGUAUAUUAUUCACAAGGAAAGACAAGCGUUGUUGAGGUUUGACUGAACGAGUCACCUGCCAAAAUGUCCCAACAGGCCUAGCUCAGGGCGUGAGUGGUGUUGGAAAUAUCUCAAGGACUUAAGCGUUUCUGAAGUGUAACACUGUACUCGAGGAAGAUUACAGGGGAGCACGCGAGUCAACGGAGGUUACACGAGGGGGCGGACAAAGAAUGCGAAAGGACUCGAAAGGUCGCAACUGGAGGUUGCGACUGACCGUUACAACAUCACGGAUGGUAACCGAAGCGGCAAUCGAGUCGCUGUGCGACUCGAUAAACUGUUCCUGUAACUGGGAGCACGCGAGUCAACGGAGGUUACACGAGGGGGCGGACAAAGAAUGCGAAAGGACUCGAAAGGUCGCAACUGGAGGUUGCGACUGACCGUUACAACAUCACGGAUGGUAACCGAAGCGGCAAUCGAGUCGCUGUGCGACUCGAUAAACUGUUCCUGUAACUGUAUUCUACAACUGCUUUCUUAUCUACUAUAUAUUGCUGUAUGCUUGUUUCUUUAAUCAAUCACUUGUUCUCACAUACUAGUACAAGGGUUCAACCGUCUCAACUUCCGCUGCACUACUCCAAGUCUCAAGUCUUUACAGCUGGGACUUAGUCUCUGCAAAAGAUCCUAAGGGCUUUUCUCAG